CCUGUUUCCAUUUCCAUUUCAUUUCCUUCAGACUUGAAAAAAAAAAAAAAAUGUUGGGAAAGAAGAUCCUCUUUGGCGUUAUUGCCACUAUGAUGUCCUUCAUUGCCACUGUUACUGCCGACAGUGUGCUUGCACUUACACCCUCAGACUUUGAUAAGACCAUUGGCUCCAAGCCUGCUCUUGUUGAAUUCUAUGCUCCCUGGUGUGGCCACUGCAAGGCCCUUGCUCCUACAUAUGAGGAACUUGGACAGGCAUUCAGUGACAAGCAAGAUAAAGUGCUGAUUGCCAAGGUGGAUGCAGAUGCUCACCGCGAGCUUGGAUCUCGCUAUGAUAUCAAAGGUUUCCCUACGAUCAAGUGGUUCCCCAAGGGUGUGGAAGGCGAUCCAGAGGAUUACAAGGGUGGACGUGACUUGGAUGCGUUGGCUUCGUUCGUCACCCAGAAGACGGGUGUCAAGUCAUCGAUUGUCAAGGCCGUUCCUGCUGUCACUGUUCUCACUGAUGCUACGUUUGAUAAGGAGGUUUUGCAGAGCAAGAGAAACACACUGGUUGAAUUUUAUGCACCUUGGUGCGGACAUUGCAAGAACUUGGCUCCUACCUAUGAAAAGGUCGCUCAGGAUUUCCUCAACGAUAAAGACACUGUUGUGAUUGCCAAUGUGGAUGCGACAGUGGAGACUGCUGUUGCUGAAAAGUACGGGGUGAAGGGUUACCCAACGAUCAAAUUCUUUGCUGCGGAUGGAACUGUUGAGGACUACACUGGUGGUCGUAGCGAGCAGGACUUUGUUGAUUUCAUCAACCAAAAGACUGGCACUCAACGUGCGGCUGGUGGACUUUUGAGACCUGAGGCUGGUCGGAUUGGCUCGUUGGAUGAGCUUGUAGAGAAAUUCGUGAAGGCAGCCAGCAAGGAGAAGAAGAAGAUCAGUGAGCAGGCCAUCAAGCUGGCCGAGAAAUUGGGUGCUACGGGAGACAAGAAGGACUUGAGCGCAAAGUAUUACAGCCGGUUCUUUGAGAAGGCAUUGGCGACUGCCAACUACGCAGAGACUGAGGCAGCUCGUCUGUACAAGAUUAUCAAGAACAAGUCUGUCAAUCGUAACCGUCUUGAUGACUUUAUAAUCCGCCACAACAUCAUUUCUCUUUUCAUCGGCAAAUCAUCUGCUGAAGGCAAGGAUAAGGAUGAGCUGUAGAAACAAGCACUUUUUUUUUUUUAUUUUUAUUUUUUUUUUUGCCCUUCUUUCUCCAC